AUGGCUGACCCGAAUACUCCAUGCGGCGGUACCGUGCCUCGGACAGUCGUUGACAAGGGAACGACCACACCUGCCCUCCCUAAAUAUGCUCAAGGCUACGACGGUUCAAUGAGGUACAACACCGAUGGACUUGGAAUGACCUAUAUCAGUAUAGUUGCCGUCUGGACCUGCUUCCUUAUUCCCGUUUGCAUAUUUCUCCUCAAGAAUCGACAUCUGCCAUUCCUUCGCAUGCGCAACAUUCCCCUAGCAAUCAGUGCUGUGGCCACGCUCCAUGUCUACUGGAUACUCUGUCUGAUCGCAUACGUAUUGAAUGGGUUUUUCCCAUGCACCACGGAAUACUGGAUCAUGAGCAUCUACCUCCCCCUCGGUAUCGCUCUCUUCCAGGCUUCAAACUCGCAACUGCUUUCAAUCGCCACCGCCCAAAAGAAGUACACGCAAGGAGAUUCUCUGGUCAAGUCACAGACUAGUACAAAUCCUCGGGUGAGAGGGCUACGCAAGUACUGGCAAAGACUUAGGGCCUACAAUGCUACCAAGAACACAAUGGCCUGGAUAGGCAUCGGCAUGACCCUCCAGGUGGCCGUCGCCCUUGUUGUCUUCCUUGUGUCGAAGAAGUUCCAUCAGGCAUUUGGGACUUUGCAGUCCCCAGCAGAUAACCUUAGCUGCCGACGAGGUUGGGAGUGGUGGCCAUCCAUUACCUGGCAGCUCUUCUGGGCCUGGAUUUAUGCACCCAUUCUUCUCUGGCGAGUUCGGAAUAUCCGUGACGUUCACGGCUGGAGGUCACAGACCAUUGUUUGCAUCAUAGCUGGGCUGCCGGCUUCACCUAUGUGGCUGAUUGCAUUGUAUGCACCUGGGAUGCGUACAGCCGAUUUCUAUUUCAUCCCUCCAAUGUGGUUCUCUAUUUCUAUCGUUAUCAUGCAAGGUUGCAUGGUAUUUGUGCCUUUCUUCCAAGUAUUCAAAAACCGCAGCUUGGAAACCGAGACACGCGAGAUUAUCGCCGAGUGGGAACAGAAGCAGAAGUCGGAUGGUUCUGUCAUGUCUGAUUUCUCAAAGGAUGGUGCUCGCUCAAGAAUUUCAACAAGGCAAUCAGUCAAGAGCACUGCCAGCAGCCGCCAUUGUGAAAUGUACACGAUGAGCGCCUUGGAGAAAACCCUCCAACUCAAUCCGCAACCGCUUCUCAUGUUCUCGGCCCUGAAAGACUUUUCGGGAGAGAACAUCAGCUUUCUGAUUCACGUCCGAGAGUGGAAGGCUAACUGGAAUUCGCAUACGUCAAAAUCAAAUCAACAUCGCAAGCGAGAACCCGAAAAGGUACCCGAUAAUGCGUUGGUCCGCAAGCAGUUCCAGAGAGCUGUCGGCAUCUAUGCCUCCUUUGUCAGUCUAAAGUACUCAGACUUCCCUAUCAAUAUCUCGUCGCAACACUUGCGGGAUUUGGAAGCUCUUUUCGAGCAGUAUGCGGCGCUAGUCUGCGCUAAGCCUGCUCCAAAUGCUGCUACUCCAUUUGAGAACUAUUGGUCCUCCACCGUCUCUGAAGAUCUCGAAAGCCAACCUGGAAAAGCUCAAUUGUCAGUGGUUUCCACUAUCAUCGGCGAGGGUGGCAGGGAUAAUACCAAGCCAACUUCCGACCCAACUCGUCAACUGGGAGAACUGAAGAUGACUAACUUCGGCGACAGAUUACCCGAUAAUAUCGGUAUUCCUGACUCAUUCGACAGUACAGUCUUCGACAGAGCCGAACUGAGUAUCAAGGAAUUGGUCUUGACAAAUACUUGGGCGAAAUUCGUCAAAGCAGGCUUCGCACAAACCGAGAAGCAAGGUGUGACUGCCAAACUACAAUCUGCUAUCCAGGCUUGCCGCAUCCGAUUUCCAAGGCGGCGGUACCACGCAGGAGAUACCCAAAAAUGA